UUUACACUCGUUGCCCGUAGUCGCUAGCACGUCAGCUUGACGCGGAGGCAUGUGGAUGGCAUCCGUGUCUCCGUCUAUAUAAGCACGGAGAGGGGGUGGAGGAACACGCAGAUCCGCGCACGUCUCUUGAGUCUUCUUCUUCCUUCUCGUCUUCGGAUCACACAGCGGUGCGUGCUAGGCGAGACAGCGGGAGCAGAGCAGGGGAGUGGGGCAGGGGCAUCAUGUUGGAAGGGAAGGCGAUGGUGGAGGACACGGACAUGCCGGCGAAGAUGCAGGCGCAGGCGAUGGCGGCGGCGUCCAGGGCCCUCGACCGCUUCGACGUCCUCGACUGCCGGAGCAUCGCGGCCCACAUCAAGAAGGAGUUUGACACGAUCCAUGGACCGGGAUGGCAAUGCGUGGUGGGCUCCAGCUUCGGCUGCUACUUCACGCACAGCAAGGGGAGCUUCAUCUACUUCCGGCUCGAGUCGCUCAGGUUCCUCGUCUUCAAAGGGGCGGCAGCAUAGCAAAGCAGGCUGGUAACAUCACGGCCAGGAAAAUCAGAUGCACCGUGCUAUUUUCUCCUCCGGCUUUUGUGGAGGGCGACUAGGUGGCGCCGCAGCCGGCACGGCGGAUGGCGUGUGCGUGCGUAUGUGAAAUUAGUUGGGUGUAUACGGUAGUAGAUGUAACAUUGAGCAAGAAUGCAAACAGUGGAAUUCAUCUCUGGUCAAAUUGCUUUUAUGUACGAAAUCCAAAUGGAUGGAUGCUAGUGAUGUGUAAAUCGAAACUUGAAAACUGGGGACAAUUUUAAUCCAUUAUUAGCAGCGAA